ACCUAGGUAAACUCUGCCUCACCCAACCCGCAAUCUCCAAAGGCCGAAUCCCUUCCCGAAGCCCUCGACUACUCCAUCUUGACGGAGCAUUCGAUAUGGCAGCUCAGGGGGAAGAGACGCCGUCCUCCUCGGCAGCCGCAAUCGCAGCUCCGACGGCUCCCGCGGCCCAUCCCGAAGAGGCCGCGAACCCGGCCACCGGCCUCAUCGAUCCAGAUGACGUCGAGACCGAUUCCGCCAUCAACGUCUCCAUCCGCGACUCCCUCACAUCCAUUCGCUCGUCGCUGUUGAAUUUCGAAGACGAGUACGGACGCCUUUAUCACUCCCACUCCCGCGGCAAAUAUUUCUUUCCUCACGAUAACAUCGAGCAAGAUCGCUUAGACUUGCAGCACGAACUCUUCGUGAGGACUUUCAGAGGCCGCCUCUGCACCUGCCCAAAGUUCUAUGGCGCCAAGAGAGUACUCGAUCUCGGAACAGGUACCGGCAUUUGGGCAUUGGAAUAUGCCGAGGAGCAUCCUGAGUCAGAGGUCAUUGGAGUCGACCUAAGCCCAGUGCAACCAGAAUUCAUGCCACCGAAUUGCUCCUUCGAAAUUGACGACCUUGAGAAGCCGUGGACUUGGUCCAAAAGCUUCGACUUCAUCUUUUCCAGGACGUUGAACGGCAGCAUUCUGGAUCCAGUAAAAUUAGUCGACAGCAUCUACAAGCAACUCGAGCCCGGUGGCUGGUUCGAAGCCCAAGAUGUCUGCAUGUCGGCCCAAAGCGACGACGACACGAUACCGGAGAACAGCUCGCUAGUACAGUGGGCCGACGAAGUCGUGGACGCAAUGGAGAAGAUUGGCCGCUCGCUCAAGCUUGCGAUGCAGUGGAAGCAGCUCCUCAUCGACCGUGGCUUCGAGGACGUCCAGGAGACGAUUUACAAGUGGCCGACCAACACGUGGCCCCGGGACAAGACGAUGAAGGACAUCGGCGGCUGGGGCCUGGCCAACCUCGAUUCCUUCCUCGAGUCCGCGGCGCUCGGGACGCUGACGAACAUCAAGGGGUGGUCGAGGGAGGAGGUCCUCGUGCUGUGUUCGCAGGCGAGGAAGGAGAUGCGUGAUCCGAGGAUCCACGUCUGGUGGCCAGUUUACGUUGUGACUGCUCGCAAGCCGGGGCUGCCGAUCCAGGCACCUCUGGAGUAAUUUGCUCUCGAAUGUUGAUACACACGCGCGUCGUCUGAAUCCUGUUGGUUGUAGACUUCAUCUUCAUGGAGAGCUUCUUGUAUAUUGCACUGUCCAUAGUGUAUGUGUAGCUGAUUGUCAAUGUCGACGCAGAAAUGUUUACUCCUA